GACGUCCCAGUGUAAGGUAGCACAGUGCUGGGUGACGACAUACCCUCCUUCCCUCCAUCCCUCAUCCCUUCACCAGUUAGAUUUGGGGGGAAAGGUUGUGUCUGGUAAUCUUGCACGGUGCCACACAUACCGACACACUUACACUGACCGCCUUACUGACUGGUUGUGAUGGCGGUACUGUUGGUGGAGGAGGAAGUGGUUUCGAGCAGAACGAAAAGGUAAAGAUCUAUGGGACUGAGAGUACUCUAGUCUAGCGCCUUGCUCACGUAUAUCACCGGGUUAAAUUACGUCUCCUCCAGCCCCUCGCGAGAGUAGUAGUGAAGGUGGUGGAGGUUUGGUUGGAUGGGACGGUAUAGGUACUGAUUUACGGCCUGUUCGAUAAGCAUUGCAAAGCGUCUUGCCCGCCUCUUUAUUUCCCCUCCCCCACGUCUUCGCUAGUCCUGCGCGUCCCCUGCUACUACUUCCUACAGCAUCUUCUCUCCGUCCGGAGUCACAGCAGGCGCGUAGGAGAGGUCGGCAGGGGAGAGAGAGAGGCCAUGGCUGUGCCCACCAUCGAGGAGGUCUUGAGCAGGGUUGAGACUGGCCCCUGGAACUGGCUGAUCUUCCUGCUGGGCUCAUUAUGGGGCGUGUUCGGGGCCAUGCAGGCGCUGGCCUCGGCCUUCCUCAGCCCCGCCGUCGACCACUGGUGCCGCAUCCCGCAGCUCGACCACUGGACCAAACAACAGCUGUGGAACUUCUCCAUGCCCAGGACGCUGGUGAGGGGCGACCCACACCACUCCCAAUGCGAGAUGUACGUCAGGAACUACAGCCUUCUGGAGGGCGUGGCGUGGGAAGACCGUCUGGAGUACCUGGGUGAAUGGGAGCAGGAUCAGGCAGGAACAUCCCCUCCCACCCAGCCCUGUGACGCCUGGGAGUAUGACACGAGCUCCUUCCGGUCCACCCUGAUUUCUGAGUGGGACCUGGUGUGUGGGCGGGAACACCUCCGCUCACUCAGCCAAAUCUUCUUCAUGGUCGGCUAUUUCUUCGGGGCGCCCUUGGGAGGCUACUUCUCAGACAGGUUCGGGCGGAAGAGGUUGAUGAGCGGAUCUCUUUGGGCAUUCAUCGUUGUGUCGGUUCUGGGAUCGGUAGCGCCUUACUACCCGCUCUUCCUGGUGUGUCGCCUCGUUAUGGCCUUCACUGGCACCAUCGUCUACCAGGCUUCCUACAUACUUGCGAUGGAGGCGAGUAGCGUGCGGCACCGAAGCUUGGUUGGCAUCAUGUUCUCUGUCCCCUUCGCCCUGGGUAACAUGCUGCUGCCCGGCCUCGCUUACCUGCUACGGGACUGGCGACACCUCCACCUGGCCAUCUCUGUGCCAGUCAUCCUCCUCAUUGCCAAUACUAUCGUGUUACCGGAGUCUCCGCGCUGGCUGCUGCAGAAGGGGCGCUGGUCUGAAGCGGAGAGGGAACUGCAGAAAGCCGCCAGGUGGAACAGUAGCAAGACCUUCGACCCCGCCUGGCUGCUCACGGCCCUGACGCAGAUGAAGGCACAGGCCGAGCACCGGGAGUUCAGGCAGCAGAAUGGGAACGACAACUCUUCACCCGGCGGCAGCACUACUUUUCGCGAGGGCCUCAAGAGUCUGCUGGUGUUUGUAAGGACGCCCAGGCUGAGGAAGAUCUCCCUCAUCCUAUACUUCGUGUGGAUCACCUGCUCCAUGGUGUACUAUGGCAUCUCCCUCAGCUCCUCCAACUUCAGCGUUGACCCCUUCCUGUACAUGUUCCUGGGCGGCGUGAUGGAGCUGCCUUCCUACACCCUCACCGUGCCCUUCGUCGCCCGUUGUGGCAGAAAGGCGGUCCUCGUCGCCCUCUUCGCAACCUGCGGCACCACUGUUCUCGUUGCCCCGUUCCUGCCUCUCGAUCGAAACGGCUGGGGCUUCCUGGCGGUGAUGAUGGCGAGCAAGUUCAGCAUCACCUCUGCCUACCAGGUGGUGUAUCUCUACUCGAGCGAGCUCUUCCCGACUACGCUGAGAACUCGCGGCGUGGGACUCAGCUCGAUGGUGGGGCGACUCGGAGCUAUUGUAUCCCCAGUCAUCAACCUACGCCUGGGGGCGCACCACUGGGCCAUUCCCACCACCAUCUUCGGCUGCCUCACCCUGGCCGCUGCCUUCCUCACGUGUCUGCUGCCAGAGACGCGUGACCUGGCACUUCCGGACACUGUGAGCGACAUUGAGAAUGGCGGCGAGGUCACUCAAAGCUUGGCGAUCGUGCCCGAGGAGGCCCAGCCCGCCAACGAGCACAAGGAGGAGGAGGCGCCCAGCGUCUCUGCGGUCUGAUUUUUGGCCCAAGGCCACAAUACCGGCGCGCAUCCGCCCGCCCUGCUACUACACGCUGUGAUUCCCAAGUGAUUCCUGAUACGCUAUAAGUGCAAUGGUUAGUGUCUUUAGAUGCCCGUAUUUGUAUUGCCGAUAAAAUUGCGUUGACUGUUAAAAAUUAAGCGUCAUGGCAACAAAGAGAAGUGUGUUCAUGGGCUUUUAGUGAUGCUGUCCUCAACUGGCAGACGCCGACCCGCCGACCACCGACCAUCGACCUGGUCUGGUGGCUCCAGUGCUCCAUAGACUUCCGCUGUGUUAAGUGUUACUGGGUCGGGCUCAUCCUCGACUCACCUUUUGUGAAAUGGUUCACUUCAGUUCUUCCAGCCUCAUGCCGCGGCGAGUCAAACGACGUCUACUUACAUUAUUUUGUACCUCAACUAUGAUUUUAUAUAUAUAUAUAUAUAUAUAUAUAUAUAUAUAUAUAUAUAUAUAUAUAUAUAUAUAUAUAUAUAUAUAUAUAUAUAUAUAUAUAUAUAUAUAUAUAUAUAUAUAUAUAUAUAUAUAUAGCUUCCUCGAGGUUGGGCGUUUUGUACCGUCUCCGCCAGUUCUUCUCCCCCGCACAAAUACUUUCCAUAUACAGGGGCCUUGUCCGCCCUUGUAUGGAGUAUGCUCUCACGUGUGGGGGGGCUCCACUCAUACAGCUCUCUUGGACAGAGUGGAAUCUAAGGGUCUUCGUCUCAUCAGCUCUCCUCCUCUUACUGACAGCCUUCUACCUCUUAAAUUCCGUCGCCAUGUUGCUUCUCUUUCUAUCUUCUAUCGAUAUUUUCAUGCUGAUUGCUCUUCUGAACUUCCUAACUGCAUCCCUUCCCCCCCUCCCGCGGCCCCCCUGCACACGACUUUCUACUCAUGCUCAUCCUUAUAUUAUCCAAACCCCUUAUGCAAGAGUUAACCAGAAUCUCCAUUUUUUCGUCCCCUUCACUGGUAAACUCUGGAACAGUCUUCCUUCGUCUGUAUUUCCUCCUGCCUAUGACUUGACCUCUUUCAAGAAGAGUGUAUCAAGACACCUCUCCACCCGAAAUUGACCUCUCUUUUGGCUACUCUUUACUUUUUACUUUUGUGGGAGCGGCGAGUAGCGGGCUUUUUUUGUACCCAUUUUGUUGCCCUUGAGCCGUAUCUUUUCAUGUAAUAUAUAUAUAU